AUGGGUGGUGGACAUCACGAGCCUUUCAAGAUUCCAAACUACUCUAUCUACAACAACUUCCGCGACUUCCCACAGUUGGCGCAACAUGAAAAACGCCUUGCGCAGAUUGGAUUGAAAGAUCCGUGGAUCAGAAACUACGUGUACUUGUACGACAGAAAAUAUCCACAUGUUGUUGGACAAUGGGCCCAUUUUAAGAAGCUAAUUCUUCCCGGAUGGAAAGCGGGAGUUGCCUUCACCGCUGCGUUGAUUCUCGUCGAAGAAGUAUACCAAUACAAAACUCAUGGAACGACCUCCUGGGACGCUCAUCACUAG